AUGGGUGCAUCAGGCUUAGGUUCUGCUUUAGCAAAUUGCAUUAAUCUCUCAAAUUUGACACUUAAACUUUCUUGGAAUAAAAUUGGUGCAAUGGGUGCAUCAGGCUUAGGUUCUGCUUUAGCAAAUUGCAUUAAUCUCUCAAAUUUGACACUUGAACUUUCUUGGAAUAUAAUUGGUGCAAUGGGUGCAUCAGGCUUAGGUUCUGCUUUAGCAAAUUGCAUUAAUCUCUCAAAUUUGACACUUAAACUUUCGUAAAAACAGUUUAUUUGUUUUGGAUUGUGA